AUGGAAAGAAAGAGACCACUACUUCGCCUCUUUGUUGGACCGCCGGCGCGAACACAGUGGUCGGGGUGGCUGGUGGUUUCGGGAUCCCGUAGAAAUGCUUCUUUUAUGCCUCGGGUAUUAGCCACAGCUCGUAUUCAUUCAGUAAUUCUACCCCUUCUUCAUUCUUGGACCUCGUUUCUUAAUAUUGUUACUCUUCCAUGCUGUGUCUCAGGAACCUUUUCAAUACGGUCUGGAUUGCUAGCUCCCGUUCAUAGUUUUGCUACAGAUGAUACACGAGGAAUCUUUUUAUGGCGGUUCUUCCUUCUAAUGACCGGCAUAUCUAUGAUUCUUUUCUCCCAGAUGAAGCAGUAGGCAUCGGUCCGUAGAACCUAUAAAAAAGAGAUGGUUGUGGCGCGAAGUACUCUUGUGCACCUACGUCACUCGGCUCGCGCGCAACCCCGCCCCGUUAUGUUAUGGAAGAAUUUUACUUAUUGCUGGGCUGGUUAUUCAGAGCCAGCAAUUGGCUGCCGGAUUUUGUCCCGUAACUAGAAGAAGAUCGCUUCGGGGGUCACUAUGGCGUGGCUGAAUGUAGAGCAGUCCGCCCCUACAGCCUUUGAUCUGUAGAUUCUUUAUAACUUCGGAAGAUGGUCAAGGUAGCUUGCUUCCAAGCCACUGCACUAGAUGCGCAUGUAGUCAUAGUAGUCGGCUCAGAAUGCCUCUGUUCUAUA